AUGAACUUGCCUGCCAUGUCUCAUGUUCUUUCUCUUCAUCGUCUCUUCAAGCCUGGAUGCAAGGUGAGAUUCCCGAUAGUGGCGGAUGAUAACAGAGAGAUGAUUAGGCAACUCAACAUGGUGGAUCUAAACCAGAAGGAUGCCGAUGGAGUUGAGAUCCCGUCUCGGGCUCUCCAUGUGAUCGGCCCGGACAAGACGAUCAAGCUCAGCUUCCUUUACCCUGCAGCCACCGGGAGAAACAUGGACGAAGUGGUGCGGGCGGUGGAGUCGCUGCAGACGACUGCAAACUUCAAGGUGGCCACCCCGGUGAACUGGAAGCCCGGAGAGCCGGUGGUCAUCUCACCAAGCGUUUCCAAUGAGGAAGCCAAGGUACUGUUUCCCCAGGGUUAUGACACGGUGGAUCUCCCAUCCAAACAGCAGUACCUUCUCUUCACCAACCUCUGA